AUGGCCGCGGCGGAAGGAAGGGGGAGGGCGAGGAGAGUGGCUGACCUGCUCGACGACAGAGUCAAGGCCCAGCUGAGAGGAGACAAGUACCGAUUCGGUGGAUAUAUCAGCAGCGGCAGCGAGCACGAGGGCGCUGGCGAGCUCGCCGGCUUCGUUGACGGGAUCUUCUUCUCCGACAAGGACGACGACGGCGACGGCGGGGGGAAAGAGGAGGAGGAGGACGACGACGACGACGAAGAGUCGGACGGAGAGGCGGCGAGGGGCUGCCUCUCCUAUGCGUCUGCGGGCACGAUGGUGCGGGACCUGCUGAAGCCGGCGGCGGCGGGGAACCCUUUCCGGCGGGAGUUGGCCGCGGAGGUGGCGGAGGCGGCGGAGAGGCUGGCGACGCUGCGGCCGAACCGGGCGGCGUUCCGGAGGGCAGUAAUGGGUUCCCUCAGGGAAUCGGGAUACAAUGCCGGGAUCUGCAAGGCCCGGUGGGAGAGCCGCGGCGGCGCCACCGCGGGGAGCUACGAGUACAUCGAUGUCCUCAGGCCGUCGUCGUCGUCGUCGUCGCCGCCGCAGAGGUACUUGGUAGACGUGGAGUUCGCCGGCGAGUUUGAGAUCGCGCGGCCCUCGCCGGAGUACGAGCGGGUGGCGGGGCAGCUGCCGCGGGUGUACCUGGGGCGGCCGGAGGAGCUGAAGCGGCUGCUCAGGCUGAUGGCCGACGCGGCGAAGCGGUCGCUGCAGUCGCGGGAGAUGUACGUCCCGCCAUGGCGGAAGGGUCAGUACAUGCAGGCGAAAUGGCUUGGCGCCUAUCGCCGGACGGUGAGUCCGGCGCCGGGGGGAUCGACGGCAGCGGCGGCGCCGGUGGCCUCUCAUCCGUCCUUCACGGCCGGGCAGGACGUGAAAUGCCGACUUCUGGGAUUCUACGCGGCGGCUCCGCUCGGGAUCCCGCCGGCGGCUCGGACAAGAUAA